AUGAGGUCGAUAAUUCUAAGCCAAACACGUUCGUCUAGCAUGCCUUCGAGACCUUACUCUCCAAUAAGCCCUGAAUUCAACUUACAUUUACAUACACUAAACUCCAAAAACGAACCAACCUCUUCUUCUUCAUCUCUAUCGUCAAUCGCAACGAAAUUACACAAUCUUGAAAGUUUAUAUGAUUGUGUCGAUAACUUGCUCCUCUUGCCACAUACACAACAAAUUUUCACCCGAGAAAGCCACGAAAGAUGGUUUGACGAAAUCUUGGAUGGAUAUAUUAGCUUAGUGGACACUUGUGCCAUAGCCAAAGAUUUCAUCUCCCAAUCGAAAGAAUAUAUCUCGAACCUUCUUUCUAUCCUUAGGCGUAAAGAUGAUUUUUCGGAGUUCAUACGCUCGAUAAAGUCAUUCAAGAAUCAAAUACAAAAGUCGUUGCGAAAUAUAAAUUUGGGCAGCUUUAAGAUUAAAAAGCCCUCUGUUUUGGCAGAGGACAAAAAGGAUCAAGAAGCUAUUAAUGCUAUCAUUAGCAUGCUCGAAGAGACUUUUCGUAUAACUUUUGCUUUGUUGGAGAAUCUUUUGUUAAGUAUUUCUCGUACAAAGGGCAAUCGAUGGUCCUUAGUUUUGAGGCUUAUAAUGGGGUCGUCGAGGAAAGUUUCGUGCAAAGAGGACGAAAAAGGCUCGAUUUUUGAGUUUGGUGAUUUGGAUGCUGCAUUGUGUAAAGGAAUUGUUCGAGUCGAGGAAUUACAGAGGAAGUUGAGAGAGAUGGACUCGAUUAUUCGAGAUGUUGAGGAAAGAUUAGAAUGGCUGUUCAAGCUUCGAAGCCAAACACGCUCGUCUAGCAUGCCCUCGAGAUCUUACCCUCUUACAAUAACCCCUGAAUUCGACCUACAUUUGCAUACACUAAACUCCGAAAACGAACCCACCUCUUCUUCUUCUUCUUCUUCUUCUUCUUCUUCUUCUUCUUCUUCAUUUCUAUCGUCAGUCGCCAAAAAAUUCCACAAUCUUGAAAGUUUAUACGAUUGCGUAGACGAUUUACUCCUUUCGCCUCACACAAACCAAAUUUUCACCCGAGAAAGCCGCGAAAAAUGGGUCGAACAAAUCUUGGAUGGAUAUCUGGGCAUAGUGGACACUUGUGCCACGGCUAAAGAUUUCAUCUCCCAAUCGAAAGAAUACAUUUCGAACCUCCUUUCAGUCCUCAGGCGCAAGCGAGGCUCGGAAGAUCUUUCUGAGUUCAUCUCCUCAAGAAAGACGAUCAAGAAGCAAAUACAAAAAUCGUUGAGAAAUAUCGGUAGAUAUAAAAAGAACUCCUCUGUUUUGAAAACAGGGGACAAAGAUCAAGAAACCAUUGCAAUCAUUCGCACGUUUAAUGAGAUCGAGCGUACGACAUUCGAGUUGUUUGAGUCGUUACUUUCGAGUGUUUCGGGUGAAACGAGCCGUUUAAAGUCAAGUAAAUGGUCCCUUGUUUCGAAGCUUAUGGGGUCGAGAAAAGUUUCGUGCCACGAGCAUAAGAGCUCGAUGCUCGAGUUCGGAGAUUUGGAUGCUUCGUUGAGUAAAUUUGUUAGUAAAUGCGAGACGGGCUCAAAAAUCGAGGAGUUGCAGCAACAGUUGAGGGAGAUGGAUUUGAUUAUUACAGUGAUUGAGGAAAGAUUGGAGUGUUUGUUCAAACGUUUGAUUAAAUCAAGACAAGGGGCUACUGUGGCAAAUGUUUUGUCAUGUCCUCAUCUGCCAGCUUUUAGUAAUCAUGUCCUCAUACUGGAUUCAGUAUUGACUAUGAACCUUGGUAACACUUUUCAGUACAAGAAACAAUUUCUGGAAAGAAAGGCCAACUUAAACCCUUCUGCUCUCUUAAUGGAUGAUAUGUUGUCUGAGUCUCAACUUUUAGAACCGUUAUUUGGUUUUCAAUGUGGACCAGAGAAUCAAUCGGCCGAACAGCUGGUUCUCGAUCUCUGCAACCCUGAUCUCCGGGAAAACGCGCUCCUCGAACUAUCAAAGAAGAAAGCUGUUUCAAGAUUUGGUUCCCCUGCUGUAGAAUUCCUUUGGCACAAUUGCGGCACUUCUGCAGAAUCUUCCUUGGAAAUUCUUAAUGCUUUUAUCCGCCUUUCGACAGUUAAUUUUCCAGAUUUAACACCUGUUGUUGCUCGAAGGUUGUCGGCGAGGGACUGA